CAGGCGCUUUACUAGUGUAGCUCUGUGAACACAGCAGUUGACCAAAAAGUCUGCGUGAACUGAGAAAAUAAUUGGAUUUUGUGUAAUUCGUCUAUUGGGCUUCACAUAGUGUCAACACAUCGAGUCCUUAUGUUGUGCAAAUGUCCUCAUAUUAUUCCGUUCAGGCUAGAUAGCCUACUAAGCGUGAAUCGGGUUCUCGCCUUCUAGUUGUGUCCAGAGCGCACUGCUCUGUUGUUUUUGUUUCCAAACGACUUGGGAAAACAUUUUCUGCAUUGCACCAAGCAGUAGGUGGUUUGUGUUGAACAUGGAGGGGGACGUUGAAGAAAAGGCAUCCAAUGGUCAGUCGUCAGAAGCUUCGCCUCAGCCAUUGUCUGCUUUUAUGUUGGCCAAGAUAGAGCGCAACAGACAGCGGGCACUGAUGCUGAGACAGGCACGACUGGCCAGCCGACCCUCGUCAGCCCUUGGGCAAGGUGGGACUAGUGCUAAAGUAGCGAAGACUGUAGAUUCGGGGGCAGGAUUCUUCAUUGAAGAAAACGAAGAUGAAGAACCCGUAGUAAAGAAAAUGACCCACGAACCAGCUCCAGUAAUUGAGUGUGACUAUGCGGUUUGUGAGGAGUGCUCCAAGCCCUUCAUGGAUUCAUAUCUGAGCAAUAGCUUUGAUCUGGCAGUGUGUGACAACUGCAGGGACAAUGAUGUGAAACACAAGCUUAUCACACGCACUGAGGCGAAGAACAACUAUCUGUUAAAGGACGUUGACCUGGACAAGAGGGAGCCGCCAUUACGCUUCAUCAUCAGGAAGAACCCCCACAACCCUCGCUGGGGGGAUAUGAAGUUGUAUCUACAGCUGCAGGUGGAGCGGCGUGGCAUGGAGGUGUGGGGGAGUGAAGAGGCACUGGAGGAGGCCAAGGAGACCCGCGAGGAGAACCGAGAGGUCCAGAAACAAAAACGCUUCAAUAAGAAGGUCAAAGAGCUGAGGAAAGCGGUGAGGAGCAGCAUGUUCCGAAAGGACACUAAUGUGCACCAGCAUGAGUAUGGCCCUGAGGUGCUGCUGGACGAGGAGGAGGACUUGUACAAGAAAACAUGCACCACCUGUGGCCAUGAACUCACCUAUGAGAAGAUGUAGCACUUUCCAUCCACCAUCAUGGAAUUGUUUAUUAGGAGUUGCUGACUGGGGGAAAAAAUGGACCAUAACAGAAAUCUCAGGGAGCAGCAGCUAUUUUUGUUGCAUUUGGUAUCAGCUUUAGCAUGGAAAAGAGAGUGCCAAGUAGUACGUUUGACAAAUCAGUUUUCACUGUGUACUUCAGUGCCCACCAGAUUGGAAUUCAAGGUUUUUUACUCAAAAGACACUCAAACUAUGUGUGGUUGUCCUCCCUGAUUGGAUGAGGUGAACCAUCUCAUGGGACCAGAAUGAAAAUCGGAUGAGAUCAUCGAUUUUUGGUCUACAGAAAGGACAUAACAAUGACAAUUGCACUUUGACAAAGGGUCCUAAGUGUAAAAGAAUUGCGAGUAUAUUUCUGGAUGAACUGUUACUCCACAAACACGGCUAUGUUUAUUUUUCCUGUUAUUGUCUAGCAUAGUGUAAUUGUUGAGAUUUUGGUCAGUAAGUAAUACAGCAUAUCUUUCACUCAAUUCGAAUUGUACCUCUGAUGAUCUGCCACUAGGUGGUGGUGGGGAGCAAUUGUAGGUUGGUUUUCAGCCUUUUUUUCUCACUUUGAAUAAGACUGCAAAUAAUGGGUGUUGAACUGAAAAAGAUCUGCAGUGCUCAUUGUUACCUCUGCCAAGGAAGUGAUGUUUUCGGUCACAUUGGUUUGUUUGCCUAUCUGUUUGUCUGUCUGUCAGCAGGAUAACUUAGAAAAUGUAUGUGUUUGGAAAUAACAAAAGGAACAAGUGGUUAGCUUUUGGUGGUGAUCCAGAUCCAGAAUUUUUAAAAAGAUUCUUCACCAUUGAGGGAUAGGGCGAAUUUUGACAUUCCACAAAACUCCCAAAACUUCCAGUUCUGAGUGCAUUUCCAGUUCUGAAAUGUGUUGAAUGAGCAAAAGUAAAUGAAAGUAAUAAAAAGAAUGCCACAUGUGAUUUCCACAGGGAUAAAACUA